AUGGCUUCUGAAGGUCCCUCGACCAAGGAGAUCCUCCUUGAUGCUGUUGAACAAACACUAGGAGCCGAAUUUCUCCAGACCAUCCAGCCUACUGACAUCUCCAACAUUGACGAAGAUGUCAAGGGCCCCGCUAUUACUCAGGCUCCGGUAUGUAGCACCCAGCUGCCCGUCCCUCCGGUCUUUCAAGAAGCCAUGGAGCGAAAGAAUGGCUUGUGGGAUAUAGUCGUCGGGCUCAAAGAACACAUACCUCGUUGGGUACCUGGGUCAGUCAUCAAGUGGGCUGCCUGGCGAGCCGGUUUCAAAAGUCAAGACGACGCCGACUACGCUGCCCAGCAGCUUAGCAUCGCUGCACAGAAAUGGAAUGAAGCUAAUGUCGGUGUGACCUUUGAAUGGGUGCCGCUGGCUAAGGAUGCCACCUUUGUUCUGACUAACGGUGGUGCCAAUGGUACAACCCUCGCGAGAGCCUUCUUCCCCAACGGCGAGGAUCUCAACUAUGUCUUCGUGUACUCUUAUGCAUUCAGCCGAGAGUGGAAGCCACACAUGUGGAACGUUUUUGUCCACGAACUUGGGCAUGUCAUCGGCCUGCGACACGAAUUUGCCAUCGGAGACGUAGGUGACGAGAUGGCUGCGGAUAGAGAGGGCGAGAGGGCCGUCCGUAUCGGUGCGCCAGAUCCCAUGUCAGUCAUGAACUACCGCAACGAGCCGCCGCAGCUUCAGCAGUCUGACAUCGACUCAACACGCAAAUUCUAUAGCAUGACUGAAGACGCCAGUGGGAAGAGUCCCAUGAUUGGCAUGACGCAGGUUAUUGACUACACCCCGCGAUGA